AUGAAGUUCUCCAUCGCCGCUAUUGCCACCCUGGCCGCUGCUGCCUCUGCCCAGUACAGCGGGGCUCAGCAGUACCAGCAACAGCCCCAGCAGUACCAGCAGCAGCCCCAGCAGUACCAGCAGCAGCCAUGGCAAUACUCUCAGCAGCAGAACAAGUACUCCCCUGCUGAAGCUCAGGCCUGGCACUCGUGCAUCGACCGGUUGCUCGAUCAGUUCAACACCGGCAACACGGGCAGCUCGGUUUCUUGCUCCACUUUCAAGUGCCUCGACGAUAAUGCUGCUACGUACGGCCGAGGUGGAGUCCUUGCUGGUCUUGGACAAGUUGUUUCCUUGGCCUGCAACUUUGGUGGAAUCAUCCCUGUAAGAAAUCCCUCCCCCAUUGCCUCUAAGGGAGGUCUUUCGCUUAACUGA